CAGACUGCAUACCUGUCUGUACCCAGAGUGGUGAGACGUAGCAUCAGUCAUCAUGGAAAGACAAGUCCUCUGUUGGAUAUUUUUGCUUGGAUAUGUACAUGCAUCCUCUGGAGAAGCUCCAACCGAAACUGCAACCACCACAACUCGGGCUCCGACCACACCUGCAGCCACCACAACUCCAGCUCCGACCGCACCUGCAGACACCACAACUCCUGCUCCGACCGCACCUGCAACCACCACAACUCCAGCUCCGACCGCACCUGCAACCACCACAACUCCGGCUCUGACCGCACCUGCAGACACCACAACUCCGGCUCCGACCGCACCUGCAACCACCACAACUCCAGCUCCGACCGCACCUUCAACCACCACAACUCCGGCUCUGACUGCACCUGCAGACACAACAACUCUGGCUCCAACCGCACCUGCAACCACCACAACUCCGGCUCCGACCGCACCUGCAACCACCACAACUCCGGCUCUGACCGCACCUGCAACCACCACAACUCUGGCUCCAAACGAAACUGCAGCCACCACAACUCUGACUCCGACCAAAACUGCAGCCACUACAACCCCGGCUGCAGCCACCACAUCUUCAGCUCCAACUUCACCUGCAGCAACUCCGGCUCCGGCCGCACCUGCAGACACCACAAAUCCGGCUCCCACCACACCUGCAGACACCACAACUCUGGCUCCUACUGAAACUGCAGCCACCACAACUCUGGCUCCGACUGGACUUGCAUUCACCACAGCCCUGACUCCGACCAAAACUGCAGCCACUACAACCCCGGCUCCAGCCACAGCUGCAGCCACCACAUCUUCAGCUCCAACUUCACCUGCAGCAACUCUGGCUCCUACUGAAACAGCAGCCACCACAACUUCGGCCCCAAGUGCACCUACAGCCACCCCAACUCCGGCUCCAACCGCACCUACAGCCACCCCAACUCCGGCUCCAACCGCACCUGCAGCAACGACUCUGGCUCCAACCUCACCUGUGGCCACUACAUCUUCAGCUCCAGCCACACCUGCAGCCAUCACAGCUCCAGCUCCAACUUCAUCUGCAGCAACAACUCCGGCUCCAUCCGCACCUGCAGCCACCCAAACUCUGGCUCCAACAGCAUCUGCAGCCACUACAUCUUCGGCUCCAGCCACAACUUCGGCCAUUACAGCUCUGGCUCCAACCUCACCUGCAGCAACAACUCUGACUCCAACCGCACCUGCAGCCACACCAACUCAGGUUCGAGCCACACCUGCAGCCACCACAGCUCCGACUUCACCCGCACCUGCAGCCACCACAAUUCCAGGUCCAACAGCAACUGCAUCAACAACUCUGGCUCCAACUGCACCUGCAGCCACCUCAUCCCUGGCUCCAGCCACAGCUGCAGCUAGCACAUCUUCUGCUCCAACUUCAACUGCAGCCACAAGUCCGGCUCCAAGUGCACCUACAACAACUCCAACUCUGGCUCUAGCCACAGAUGCAGCUAUCACAACUCCAGGCCCAACCACACCUGCAGCCGCCACAACUGCAGCUCCAGCCAUACCUACAGCUUCCACAACUUCAGAUCCAAUCAUGACUGUACCUCCGACCACCACAGUUCCGGCUCCAACCACAGCUGCAGCUCCAACCACACCUACAGCCACCACAACUCGGUUUCCAAACACUGUAACUGCAGCAAAACCAACUGCAGAUAUAACUACUUCAACUGAGGCCCUUCUUGUUAUAACAACCACAUCGCUCACUACAAAAACUACACCACUAACGAUCACACCCAAAUCUGCUACUCCAAUCAUUUCAUCAGCCCCAACCACCACAACUGCAGCCACCACAGCUCCUGCUCCAACCAUCACACUUGUAGCCACCACAAUUCCUGCUCCAACCACAAAUGCAACCACUACAAUUCCAGCUACAACCACUACAGCUGAGGCUCCUGUAGUUGUGGCAACUACACACUCAACCACAGCCCUAACUACCAGACCGAUCACUUCAAUUACAGGAGAAACAGCAACCCAAGUCCCCACAGGCUUGAUAUCACUAGUGCAUGUACGGAUGAAGAUAACUUCUUAUGGAGUGGUCAGCAAUGGAACCAUCAUUGAACUUCUUAAAAAGUUUUUUACAGAGCAGCUCCUGAAUGGAACAUCCCACACAGUGACAGUGGCAAACAUUCAAAGGGUUACAGUUGCCCCAUAGAAGCUUCAUGUGGACAGAAAUAGUCACAAAUGAAUGUAUAAGGCAACAAUUCAAAGCUGUGGAGGUGGUUUUGUUUCAACACAAUGCAAAGUGGCAGUUGACCUCAACCGCUUCAUCAUAUGUGGAAAUAGAUGUUUCUUUUGAUUUUUCAACAGUUUGAGCACAACUCAUCAAAUAUUGUAUCCAAAGUGCUGCAAUGAGCUACAGCCAACAUCUGCAAACCAUCAGAAGUACUUUAAUUGCACUUCAGGUGAUUAAACUAAGAGGUUUAGCUUUCCAGCUCAGUUCCCUCUUCAUUUUGUCAAAUCAAAUCAAUGAGACCUCCUUACGUGUCAACAUUUAGACCCAUUUUCACUCUCCGUAAUCAACAAACAAUGCAUUAAUUACAACACUGUUGGUUGUAUUUCUCAGGAAUGUUAGUGGAGAUGUGUAUUUGGCUCAGGUGUCAAAUGAUUUGAAAGCACAAUAGGAAGUUCAGACCACGCAAUUUGACCCAUCAAAGGGGUUUUUAUAAGAGGUGACCCUCUCUCAAGAGUCCCUUGCUUUGUAACUAGAGGAGCAGCUGCCCUGCUGACAUGCCUGGUUACCUGGAAACUAGUAAACCAUGUUUCUUGCUCACUCCUCCCUUUGAUUAUAUAUAAAUGAGGAAACAUUUCACACAAACCACUGGCAACUAUUACCUUGGUAAGUAUCUCACACCAAAUGUGACUAUAUGCCAAUGACUAGUGUGCCCCGUGUCAGGGAAUUUCAAUAUUACUGACAAAAUUCCUUGUUGAAAGAGUCCUUUGAAAGAGUCCUUUCAACUAAAUGUGAAGGAGUUUUGUCCUGUGUCAACAAGAGGUGAGUUAUGAAGCUUGUUGAAUGUGUCUUUCCACUUCAUUGGAAAACCGGACAAUAAAAGCUUUGCAUGUUUGUUGUGUGGGAAGUGAUCUGUUAUGAAAGAAAUAUUUCAGGACAGAGAAGUAGGCCUACAUGGACUUGUGACACAGCCUACAUUAAUGAUUAAACACCCAUGUUUGCAUUUAGAUUAGUUUGGUUUUAGCUCUUUGUCCUCUGUUUCAGUCGCUUGUCGAUUUGGUAAACUUGCCUCUCCUGGUAUUUUUACUUGGUGAAAUAUAUCGAACUGUACAAUAUGUAAAAAUGUGACACAGCUAAACAGGAUAAGCUACUUGUGAUCCUGAACUGAGGCAAGGAUGUGUCAGUCAUUUUUUAUUGUUCUUAUGUUUAUUUUUGCAGACAGAAUGUAUUCCUUCUAAACAUCACUGAUUUCAACACUUUUCAAAUUAAUAUUUUUGCACUAAAAUUCUUAUUUAUUGUUCAGAUGUAAAUUAGACUUUUAAACAAGUAUUUAGUGUAACAUUCUUGUUACCCACAAUCCCUUUCACUUUAGGCUGUAUGACCAUCUUUGUGGUUCUGCUUUGCUUUAGCAUUAGAUUUAUACACAAGAUGAGCAGUUAUGUUAUUUCAUGUCUCCCCUUUGAAAGAUGAAUAAAGACACAUGUCUAUUUGAA